AUGGCCACGGAUGUCACUGUUGGAACUAUUCAACCGGCGAAGGACGACUUGGGCGGUGCCCACCCAAGGAAGCUUCCAUUCGAGCCGCCCCAAUCGGCCCUUCGAAUUAAGGGAAUAGUUGAAAAAGAUGUACUAAUCUUUGUGGACCUUCACUCUGCCUAUCGCUCUGGACCAAGGCCUCAAGAACGGAACUCGGCAACCCAGCGUCACUCUGUUCACCAAAUGCUAGACGAAGCCUAUCCCGAGCGCCGGAUGCCGAUGAAUGAUUGGCUCAGUGGGAGAACACCUUGCCUUCUCCAAGAUCUUGUCCAAGGGAUGCCACAGACACGUGCUGACCUUUCGUGUCGCCUGUUGUCAAGCUCCUCCCGUAUCGCUUUCACUAGCUGUCUCUAUAGUGCCUUCCUGGUUGAUGUCCUAUUCAUCGCCGAAGGGAUUAUAGCGACAUGCCUUCGUGGAAUAAUAAUUAAUUGUAAUCAAGGUAUCCUAUUCCCUCAAUUCAAAGCGUUUGACGUUUACUCAUAUGAAAGUUUUGGUUCUAAAGGGCAUUUAUAUAUGACAUGCCUCGAUAAGUUGGAUGGCUGA